AUGGCGCGAAGAUCUCCUCCUCUGGUAAACCAAAAAUGUGAAACCGGUUGCACAUGGCGAAUGUUCGGAAUCUUUAACUUUCAUGAAGCUAGUUCCGAUAGAAGACUGGUUUCCAAUGGUAGCCAUUUGAAUAAACACACCACUGGAAAUGGAAAAUCCAGAAUUAACUCAGAUGUGCUCAGCACCGUCGAUGAAAAGUACCCUCAUGCUGCUGAUGUAAGUUCCAGAAGAAAAAGAGGUUAUAGUUGUAAGAAUAUAUGCGUGGAGGAUGAACAAAUUGCGGAUUUGGAAAACGAAGUAACAAAAAUGAUUGUUAAUCAAAGAUUUUUCGACAAAAACUCUCGAGGCAAUGCUGCAGACUGUCAGCCUAAUCAGUUCUUAGAUGCUGUGCAGAUUUUAUAUUCAAACAAGGAGCUUUUUGUUAAGCUUUUGCAAGAUCCAAACUCUCUUUUGGUGAAACAGAUUCACGACUUACAGAAAUCUCAAGUGAAAGCAGAACAAAAUGGAAUGAGUAGAUUGAGUAAAGCUCAAAGUAGUGGCAGUUUUGAUAGGUCUAAAUUGAGUUCAAAUUGCGAGCCUCGGACCUCUAAAAGAAUAGUCGUUUUGAAGCCUAGCACGAAUAAUGUGAAAAAAAUUGCUGACAAUAGCGAUGCUCAAAGUAAUAAGCCUUCGCAUUUUCCAUUUGGUGAUAUGAAGAGAAAGUUGAGGCACGUCAUGAGAGUAAGGAGAAAAGAAAAGCAGUGUAGUGCAACUGAUUCCUCGCGGAGUAAAUUUCUCUGCGGUUCACGGGACUUGGAAGAUGGUAAAAAUGUAAAAGAAUUGGAUUUUUCUGUAAGAAAUUCGCCAAAUAAGAUUUGUGCUAGUAACAGCAACAAUUUGAUCAUGAAGGACCAAGGUGCAAAAGUAACAUCUCAUGACAAACACCAAAUGGUUCUAAGAACACUUCAUAGAGACGGGGAAAAUUGUUCGUAUAGAAAUUCUUCAGCUCAGAAAAUCAAGGAUCCACCAGUGGCAACUUUUUGUGAUGAGUUGCAGGUUUUCGAUGCUGCAGAUAUUAGUGUCAAUAAGAGUCUUCCCGGCGAAAAUUUGCAUGAACAUUAUGAUAUUCCUAGAGAUGGAUCACUAGUACAAGCUAUACAUGAUAAAUUCGAAGAGAAUAACCAUCUUGCAGACCUUGUAACACUCUCUUUGGAUCGAAUGAACAAAUCAAAUGACAUCAUAAGUGAAGUUCUGCAGGCUUUCAGUUUGAAAUGCGAUGAACCGAUCAAGAGUCAUUUAUCAAACCUAUUGACAGAUUCAUCAACUUUUGAUGAACUGAAUGGAUUAACUGACCAACUUUCUGGCAGUAAAAUCUUGCAUGACUGCAUCAUCCAAUGUUUCAUGGACUUAUACCAGAACAGUGGUUUUCUACCUCAUCUUUCAUCAAGAAAUCCAAACUUCCUCCAAGCAUGUGUUGUCAAGAAAAUUUUGGUUAGAGAAAUUAAUGAACUUGUUAACCUACACUUUGUGUCUCAUCCAUCACCAAUAACGUUACACCAGGUUGUUGAAAAGGACAUGGCGAGACGUGGAUCAUGGAUGAAUAUCUAUGUUGAUACAGAAGACAUCGCAAUUGAAGUGGAGAAAGAUGUUUUGGAAAAACUGGUUUGGGAAAUAGUGUCUGAUAUGGAUAUCAGAUAUGUGAUACAAUGCAAUGAAACUAUGUCAAAAUCAUAA